AUGAGUUUUGAGUAUACGCCAUUGGAGGUCCCUCUUCCUCCAGGGCCUGACGCUUCCUUUUUCUCAGAGGCACAAUGGAAGACGCUAUUCGCCUUGGCUGAUACAAUCAUUCCUUCUAUCCGAACACCCGCGACAGCCCGCUCAUCUGCGGACAAGGUCAUUUCAACGGCGGAGUGGGAUGAAGCCGUAACAAAGCUUUCAUCUUUAAUAACGGGGCCCGAUGCUGACAAGCUUGCCAUUGCGUAUCUCGAAGAAGAUGCGUCGGCAAAUCCGAUCUUUCGAGCAUGCGUUCACCGAGUGAUCGGCCACUAUGUGCAUGAAGAAGGGAAGGCUGGGUUCGGACUGAUUAUGAACGCACUCAACACUCGAGCGGGCUCGUUGGUUCUCACUGGAUCAACAACUCCCAUCCAUCAACAACCCAUCGCUGUCCGGGAAAAGGUCUUUCGUGGCUGGGAGACGUCGCGACUGCCACCUCUUCGUGCGGUGUACCGUGGAUUGACGGCUAUUGUCAAAAAGUCAUGGGUGAUGGCCAGCCCGACGAUGAACCAAGUUCUUGGCUUCCCUCGUGUUCCAGUCCAUGGCAAGCCGACCGACGGGUUUCCCUACAACUUCUUGCAGUUCCCCCCAGGGAGCCAGCCCGAGACUCUCGACGUUGACGUAGUCAUCGUAGGAAGUGGGUGCGGUGGUGCCGUGACCGCGAAGAAUCUGGCGGAGGCGGGCCUUUGCGUGCUGGUCGUCGAAAAGUCUUACUUCUACAGCAGCAAGGCAUUUCCCAUGAAUCCGAAUGAGGCCUACAUCAACAUGUACGAAAACGCGGGUGCCACAGCCAGCGAGGAUGGUACAGUAGCCAUCCUCGCCGGCUCUACCUGGGGAGGUGGCGGGACUAUUAAUUGGUCUGCCGCCUUACAAACCCAGGCCUACGUCCGCCAAGAAUGGGCCGACAUGGGUUUGCGCUUUUUCACCUCUCUCGAGUUUCAGCGAAGCUUGGACCGUGUCUGUGAUCGGAUGGGGGUCAACACGGAACACAUCGAACACAAUCGUCAAAACAACGUGAUCUUGGAAGGUGCUCGCAAACUCGGCUAUGCCGCCAAACCUGUUCCCCAGAAUACGGGGAACAGCGAGCAUUAUUGUGGCUAUUGUACAUUGGGUUGCCACUCGGCAGGGAAGAAAGGGCCCACAGAGAGCUUCUUGCUUGACGCAGCCAAGGCCGGGGCCAUCUUUGUUGAAGGCUUCAAGGCUGACAAAGUGCGGUUCGACAAGAAAACCCGCCACGGGAAACGUGUUGCGGUUGGUGUGGAAGGUAUCUGGACGUCUCGCGAUUCGUAUCUGGGGUUAACCGGGGAGGGUGCGGUGCAGCGAAAGUUGAUCAUCAAUGCAAAGAAGGUUGUGGUCUCAUCGGGGACUUUGAACAGUCCACUUUUACUGCUGCGAAGUGGAAUCAAAAAUUCUCACAUUGGAAAGAAUUUGCACUUGCAUCCAGUCAUCGGGGCUGGUGCGGUAUUUGAUGAGUCAAUUCGUCCCUGGGAAGGAGGCGCAUUGACGACUGUUGUUAAUGAGUUCGAAGAUCUCGACGGCCACGGCCACGGGGUCAAACUCGAGUGCGCGGCAAUGAUGCCCUCUCUCUAUAUACCUCUCUUCCCUUGGCGUGAUGGACUGGACUUUAAGCUCUGGGCUGCAGACAUGCGGUGCAGCACCAGUUUCAUCACUCUGACGAAAGAUCGUGAUGGAGGGCGGGUGUUCCCCGAUCCUGUUGACGGAAGGCCGCGAGUUGAUUACACCGUGUCCGCCUUUGAUCGACGUCAUAUUGUGGAGGGAAUCAUCGCCGCGGCCAAGAUCGCAUACAUCAUGGGCGCCAAGGAGUUCCGCACGUCCUAUCGUGAUAUCCAGCCCUUUGUUCGCCUGGAUGCAUCAAACCCAGACGCACCGGAGGGGACCAAUGACGCCGCUCUGCAGAGCUGGAUCGCCGAAUUGCGGCGUAAAUCUCCCCUGGAACCGGAACGCGGUUUGUUCGCCAGUGCCCAUCAAAUGGGGACAUGUCGCAUGGGCAAAUCACCCAAGCACGGAGUGGUAGAUCCGCAGUGUCAGGUCUGGGGCACUGACGGCCUUUAUGUGGUAGAUGCGUCCGUCUUCCCCAGUGCCAGUGGCGUAAACCCCAUGGUCACCAAUAUGGCCAUUGCGGAUUGGGCCAGCCGCACUCUCGCUCGGUCGAUGGGUAAGCCGCAUGGCGAGCGGAAUGGAAUGGCGCGCCUAUGA